GUAGUUGUCUAUGGCUCACACGAGCGCCAUCCUUGCACAAGAGGCGCUGUUUCUAUUCGCUAAGGGAGGGGGGAAAAAAACAGCCUCAGCUAGUUGGUGGAAUCGCCCUGCCUACAAUUCCCAGCAUGCAAUGCACCAGAGGCGGUUUUUCUGCAUUCGUGCGAACGGGCAAGUGGUUCAGAGGGGGUAGAUAUUUUCGUCGGAGGCGUCUGGGGUUGCGCGCGGGCGGGGUGCAAGCUAGGGAAGGAAGCGAGCCAGCCCGAGAGCCGACAAGAUAACAGCAACCCCCCCACCCCAAAGAUUUGGAUCCUUUGGAGGAGGUAGAAUCGCUCCUUUCCAGCAAAAGGAACUGAAUCUCGACAAACAUGCUACAUACCAAAGUCAAAACAGAAAAACCAGAUCUUGAGACAGCCAAUGCUCGGAACCGUCUUGAUGCCGUCCUGCAGUGUCUACUGGAGAAAACUGAUGUUGAUAGAGAACAAAUGGAAGAUGACCCUGGAAAGACAUCAUCAGAUGUGCUCAGCAAGGAGCCUUCUCCUAUUGCUACAGGAAAGAGGCCUUCUACCCGGUUCUCCCAUCACCGCCGCAAGAAGAGGAAGGAGAUGGACGACGGACUCACUGAAGGGGGACCACAAAAGCAGAACACCUACAUCAUCAAGCUGUUUGAUCGAAGCGUAGACCUGGCCCAGUUCUCGGAGAACACCCCGCUCUAUCCCAUCUGCCGAGCUUGGAUGCGGAAUAGUCCCAUGGUGCGGGAACAGGAGCGAUCUCCCAGCCCAAAUCUGCCUGCCCUGCUUGAGGAUGACGAGGGUGUCGAAGUAUUAAAUGGGAAGAUCCAGGAUGUCUACAAGCUACCACCUCCUAUCCCUUGCCAGACCAACCCUGCAGGGGAACCAAUUAACCUGCGUAUCCCGUUCCCAGCCGAAUCUGAAGAGCAAACAGAAGCAGCUGCUGACACGACUUCUGACACAGUACCUUCAAUGUCCACCCUCAUCUACAAGAACAUGGAGAGAUGGAAGAAGAUCCGACAAAGGUGGAAAGAGGCUUCGCAGAAGAACCAGUUGCGCUAUGCUGAGAGCAUGAAGAUCCUUAAGGAGAUGUACGAACGGCAAUGAAGAGUGAGGUGCAGGAACUCAUGCGUUCCUGGAAUCCCUUGUCUUCUGGGCUAACUUUACUGCUUCUGGGUUUGUCUACCAAUAAAUAUAGCUUUAUAUU